ACGACAUGUCCAUCACGGAAACACAAUGAUAUAUAAUUACUCAACAGUAUUUAUAUUUUCAAGCUGCAUCAAUUUAUAAAUUCAUUCUCAUUAAUUUGCUUUAAAAAAAUACUAAAUGACAGUACAGUAGAAUACACGCUCUGCUUCUAAAAGUCUCCAUCUAGCGUCACAGUGUGGUAAAAAUGAGGACAGUAGACCCCGCCACGUGGCUCCGAGGUUCUGUACCCGGGUGGAGGACGCACAGACAGACAGACGUGCAUCUUGAGACACGACUGCGCCGCAGCCUCCGAGAUGCGGUGCUGGAAUUCUUUCAAUAUUCAUCAAUGAGAGGCCACUUGAUUGCUAACCGAAGAUGUGUUACUACGUGUGAUGCAUUUCGCAACUUUCUCGGAAGCGUCACAGUGUUCUCCAUAGCUAUGAUGCUGGUCACCUUCAACUUGCAACAGCAGCUCUCUCGGCCAUCUCUUGAGGUGAACGCCGAGUUCGCUUACACUGUCACCAAGUUGCCGUUCCCGGGGGUGGCUAUUUGCACCAACAACGUCAUCAGUAUGAAAUCACUGCAAGAAUAUCGUAUGUUUCUAUGGUCUGAAGCAGCUCAAGCUGAUAAGAAUAGAUCAGACAAAAUUGACAUAUUGAUGAACAAUAUCCUGAAUUUCGGAGCCUUCCUCUCUAAGUCUUUACCUCAAGUGGAUAUGGAACAUUCAUUCAAUAAUGCGGAUUUCAACGUCAGUGAUGUUAUGUACAAGCUGUCACCGAAAUGCUCGGAGCUACUGAAGACCUGUGCUUGGGAAGGCAGUCUGAUGAACUGUUCUGAUCUGUUUGCCUCGAGGAUCACGCCCCUCGGCUUCUGUUGCGUUUUCAACGCGCGGUACCAGCUGGAGGACCAGAACACGCCAGUCUGGGGCUCGCUUCAAGUGGGGCAGAGUACGGGACUGACCGUCAUCUACACUGAGGAUGAUGAGGACUCCGCUUACAUGCGACGUCCAGCCUUGGGGGUUGAGGUGUUGGUGUUUGACGGCGAGGAGUACCCGCUGUUGGAGACGGGCGUGGCGCGCCUGUUCCCGGUGCAGAGGAACUGCUCCAUGUUCUUCUCCCUGAUCCGUCGCGAUAUCCGAGCUAGCCGUGACCUCACGUUCUACUCUGAGCGCUUUCGUAAGUGCCGCUUCAGAAACCUGCAUGGGCCCCGCUCUGCGCGCUCCAGCUACGGCUGGUGUCUCCUCGAGUGUCGCAAACGAACCAUCGCAGCUCUUUGCAACUGCGUGCCGUUCAACCUCAUGCCUGAUGAGGACGACAUCAUCUGCACUCCCAAGCACUUGCCUUGUCUCAACAAACACAAGGAGAAGUUCAUCUACUACUACCCGGGCGAGAACGCGGGCCCUGGCCUGACGCAGGAGAUCCAGGACUCACUGUCCUGCGGCGACUGUCUGCCGGACUGCGGGCGGAUGGUCUACACUGCUGACGUGGCUAUCACCUCACAUUCUCUGUCCUUUGAGAAAAAAUUCGUACGUGGACUCGUCUACAAGCCAGGGGCGACCCUGGCCAAUUCCUCGAUCCUCCGGUUCUUCUACACCACGAACCAUCAGCCGCUGUUCAUUGUGGAGCCAGCGUUGCGCUGGUAUGAAGGCAUCGCUUACUUGUCGAGCCAAUGGGUGUUGUUGCUCUCUGUAACCCUGGUCACCAUCGUGGAGAUAAUAUUCCACCUCACCGUGAGGUGGGUGCACCACUUCAGAAGACGGACGGUUCUGGUCAGAACCCACACCAAACUUGUUAAGGCCCCAUCUAAUAGUGAAGAGCUUCAAGAUAUACCUGUCACCUGCUUCGAAGAAACUAAACAAGUAAAUAUUACUGAUAUCCCUGAACCACCCGUUAAAAGGUUUUAUUUUUAA